AGUGAAAGAAUAAUGAAUCAAAGACUAACUGCUUAUAUGUGAUUUAUAGGAUAUUUUAUAAGAACUGGCGAAAGCAUUUUAAUUCCGUGUAGGCCACAUGAGACCAAAUUCCAUUAUACAUUAUGCUCCAUAUUCCUAUUUGAAAUUACCUGAAUGUAACAUGAACAACUCCAAACUUUAAAUAUGCUUUGCCCAAACACAGAGCCGUUACAAUUAAAUCCCACGGACCCAUAAAAGCUUCACAUUCAGGCUUAGUGUUCAGUUUUUUUCUCGCCGGCAGUUCGGAGUUCAGACGCUGCUCGGCGCUCUCACACCGCUGCGAGAGCCCGUCCCGCCCGGCGAAAGACGCUGUGACAGCUCCCGAGUCCGUGAAAACCUCUCCGGAAACUCACCAUCCAGCAUUUCAGCCUUGACGCCGGAGCGCACGGGCGUGGAUGCGUCCGCGGAAGCGCACUGACCGAGCAGGGCGGGAUGGACGCAUCUGCACCAGACCAGAGAUCCAGCAGUGAGGCAGGAGCUGCAGACGCGAGGGGCAGCGUUAUAUCCACAGUUUCUUUUUUAAUUCGUGCUUUUUACGCAGGGGUGGAGAGGUACCGUGUGACAGUGUAGUCUAAUCCGCUUUACGGGAGGAGCAGGGAAAGCCCUCUCCAGACUGAGACAGGGAGUUGUUGGAAAGGUCGCUUUGUCACAUUUUUUUUUUUUUUUUUUUUUUUUUGUCCUGCUGAGGCUUAAAUUAACUGACUGACACAGACUCUCACUGAAGCUGCUGGAAUUCCACUUGUCAUCAUGAGCAGUUCGACAAAUGCGGUGCAGUACCAGUCGGGUCUUUACGGAGGAAACAACAACAGCAGCUCCCCCAUCACCAGCCGCGGAAAUUCACCCAUUGUGUGCGAGCGCUGUGGGGAGGUUUGCCGCGGGGAGGUGGUGCGCGUCAAGAACACACACUUCCAUGUUCACUGCUUCACCUGCCAAGUGUGCGGCUGUGACCUGGUGCACUCGGGUUUCUUCCACCACUCUGGCGAGUACAUCUGUACGGAGGACUACCAGCGACUCUAUGGGACCCAGUGUGACAGCUGUGGUCAGUACAUCACUGGAGAGGUGGUGUCCGCCCUGGGAAGGACGUACCAUCCGCACUGCUUCGUCUGCAGCGUCUGCAGGAGUCCGUUCCCCAUUGGAGACAAGGUGACCUUCUGUGGGAAAAAGUGUGUGUGUCAGCAGUGCUCACACUCUCUGAGCAGCGACAAGCCCGUCAAGGUCCACGGACCAAGCUACUGUGCAGGCUGCGGCGAGGAGAUCAAACAGGGUCAGUCUCUGUUGGCUCUGGAGAGGCAGUGGCACGUCAGUUGUUUUAAAUGCCGGACGUGCGGCUGUGCGCUCACUGGAGAGUACAUCAGCAAAGAUGGGAUACCUUACUGUGAGACCGACUACCACACCCAGUUUGGGAUCCGGUGUGAGGGCUGUAACAGGUUCAUCAGUGGCAGAGUGCUCGAGGCUGGAGGGAAACACUACCACCCGAGCUGCGCCAGGUGCGCCCGCUGUCACAUGAUGUUCCUGGAAGGAGAAGAAAUGUACCUUACAGGUUCGGAGGUUUGGCACCCCAUGUGUAAAGAAGCAGCUCGACUGGAGAGAAAACUGAGGCUGAGACGGACCUCCGAGACGGCGUCCAUUUCUUCUCCGGGCUCCUCUCCUCUCCUCGGCUCCCCGCACCGGCUCAUCUGUUCCAAGGCUGACAGUGAUGUCUUGGACUAUAAGCAGCUGGCGACUCUGCCCAGGGUCAAAGCCAUAUAUGACAACCAGCGGCCUGAUAUCAUCCCUUAUCAGGCGGACCAUGCACACUCACACCUCUCAGACGACACUAUGGAGAGAUACAACUGUGGGCAGUCACUGGGCUCCUUGUCACCGUAUACUCAUGACCUCUUGGAUGGCACGGACUUGAGAACGAGGCGCUCAUCCAGCUCGGCCUUCACCGACUCUCCCGCACACAGUCGCCACGGCGGCUCCCCGCUGCAUUAUUAUCACCCUGGCAGUGAGAGUGGCAGGAGUUCCCCCUAUUACAGUCAGCCACAACCCAGGUGUGCUACGCCCACCACCGCCACCUUCCCAGCCCCCAAGCAUUUCCAUGUGCCAGCUUCUGAGGAAACCAACAUCUAUAGGAAACCCCCCAUCUAUAAGAGACAAGACCUAUCGGCCUCUCCGGCAGCCAAUAAGAGUAAGACUAAUGAGAACCUCGUCAACUGCAGUCGUCUUUCCACCUCAAACUGUAACGGCAUUUAUCACCCGGACUCCAACUACUAUCCAUACACUGGUUCUCCGAAAGUCUCCAGGGUGAGGAGGUUUUCUUCUGGAGGAGAGGAGGAUGGAUGGAAUCAUAAUAUAAACAGGGGCAUUGGCAGGAUGAUCCUGAAGGAGGAGAUGAAGGCACGGUCGGGUUGUCACGACAAUGACCAAUGGGGGAGCAGGCGCAGUUCUCGCUGCAGCAGCAAGGAGGCGCUGAAUAAUUUGGGUUACAGCUCCCUCAACGGCUCUCCCAGGUCCGUCUACAGCGCAGACAGCGACUCGUACAUUGCCAAAUCCUCCUCGUUGCCAGGCUACGGCAGGAAUGGGCUCAACAGGGCCGGGAAUGCGGCUGCAGAUUAUUACCAGUAUGACAGCAGCAACGCAGUUAACUGGCAGAUCAGAGAAUACAAGAUCUAUCCAUAUGAAUCCCUAGUGGUGUCGGUCAGAGGGCAGCAGCAUCUCCCCAGCGACGUAGACCGAGCCAGACUAGAGCGUCACCUCUCACCAGAAGAGUUCUACAGAGUCUUCGGCAUGUCCAUGUCGGCCUUCGACCGCCUCGCUCAGUGGAAAAAGAACGAACUGAAGAAGCAGGUCCGACUCUUCUGAGAAGCGUCGCUGGAUCCGUCAGACGCGGCGCUUCCCAGUGCAGCCUCGCCUGCAACACUGUGCUGUUCAGUUAAAGACUCGAGUCUGCGUCUCGGUGGAAGAGGAGAUUUUUCUUCCCCUAGGGUGGCAAGUAGCGAACUAUUGGUCAACUGCUUUCGGCUCGCUGGUGUAAACAAGGACUUUUUAAGCAAUACGUAUGAAGUCGGCCAACUGGGCCAAACCAGGGAACAGGGAAUAAGGGAAAGACUGAAAAAAAAAAAAAAAAAAAAGAGCAGAGAGUUUUCUGGCUCAUCAGCAGCAGGUGGCAGUGUUUUAACACAAGCAUUAAAACUCUCAUAUGCUCCAACAAGGCCUACUUGGUACCACACUUAGGGUUCACCACACUUAGGAAAACUUGUAUUCAUGCAAACGUGAGUUAGAUUGAACUGACUGCACCGUGUGAUUCCUUCUUAAAGAAUAUACACAUGGUGUUUUUAUAACCUACUGAAAACCAAAGGUUUUCUUCUGCUUUUUUUUUUGUUUGUUUUCAAGCUACACAAUCGAUAUUGAUGUUCAUUUUUCUGAAGCCAUAUCAUUGUCAAGACUUCUUUUCUAUGACUCGAGCAAACUGUACAGCUCACCGCCGCGCGUUUUAAGACACGACGUGACGUGAACGAACCGUGUCACGGCUCGGAGCUCAGAGAUGUUUACUGCUGCACACUUUAAAAUGAGACAUUUGUGUUUGAUUUAUUUAUUUUAAAAUAGCCGAGUUAGUGUCUGGUCAUACUCAAGGCUGCACUGGGUUUCUGGGUUACAAGUGUGUGGAUACAAUUAAACCAGACUGAAUCACAGUCAGUUAGUGGGGUUUAAUGUGUGUGCGUGUGUGUGUGUUUGUGUAAUUAGAGCAAAUGACUAAUCGCGUAUUUUCACGGAUUUAUCUGGAAAAAAAAAAGAGGACGAUUAAGUGAAUAAGGGAAGAAAAGAAUGCAAUGGAAAGGGACAGAAUGUGGUUAGACUGAGGGAUAUAAAGUUGUUUAUUACCAGCGGUGAAAUGGAUUUAAUAGAAACAGAAGGAAAUGGGUGGUUAUUGCAAAGGUUGGACGUAAAAGGUGGAAUAAAAUGGAAAGUGUGAGUGUAUUAGGCUGCGUGUGUGUUUACAGGUUGCAACAAUGCAUUACAUUAGCUACAAUAAAUGUGUAUGGAACUACAAACUAA